AUGUGGCGGCGCAGUCUUUUCAUAUUUGCCCCGAGCAUCCCGCGAAGUGUCUGGGACCCGGCGCACUACAAUGAGAACUGGGUGGACAGCUACAGCACCAGCAUUGCCGACCGCCGACACUGGCCAGCGAAGAAGUGGUCCAUCGGCCUCGAGCCCCGCACCCCUCGUGAUUGGCUGCGCUUCUCUUACCGAAACCUCGCCUACGCCUACAACGGCGCGCUGCGUGCCUGCGCGACGUUUCCAGAGAUGCUCGUCUACUACAAAGAGAUGAAGCAGCGCGGGGUCAAGGUGGACGUGGACACGCUGAACGCGCUGCUCUCCCGCGCGGCGCGGUACGAGCACAUCCAAGUCGAUGAUGUCUUUCUUCUCUUCGACGAACUCAUCGCCCUCGGUGCCCGCCCGGAUAUUGCGUCCGUGGAGACGCUGCACACGGUGCUCGAGCACGCCGCGCAUCAGCCGCCGGAGUGGUGUGAGACACGCCGUCGUCAGCUGGUGGAGCUGUACCAGUACCUUGCCUUGGAGGAGAUCGAGCGCCUCGCCCCGCAUCGCGUCGAUGCGUUGCUGUCUGCGCAGAUCGCACGUCUGCGAGGAAACCUCAAGCAGCUCAACGCGAGUCUCAGCCCGUCCGUGUACCGGCGCUACUUUGCGGUCAUCGACCUCGGUGAGACACUGAUCCAGGAAGUCCACAACUUCUUGUGGGAGUACGUCGGGGCCGAUCACGCCGCGAUGGAUGUGCCGUCGCUGCAGCUUCGCAUCCCCUUCGUGGCUUCCGUGAUGAAGCGGCCACUGGCGACGGCGGACCCUGCCGAGGUGAAGGCAACCGACUUCGAGGACACGGACGUGUGUAGCGUCAUACUUGCCGCGGUGGAGCGCUGCGUUGACAGGGACUUCCACGACAGCCGGCCUGUGUCUGAGCGACGCAUGUAUCUCGCCUUGCUGACCAUGCUCACCUCCAGUGGCGUCCUGUACUCAGCCGAUCUCAUGGCGCAGAUGAUGGAUGUUGUGAAGUACUCGCGCGACGAUCGUGGACGUGACCGCGAUGCGCAGCGGCUGCUGCGGUACGCCUUGCGCGGGUCCUCGGCAGCCAACGACGCCGCUUACCGCGAGCUGUGGAGGGCUGUGGCGCCUCCUGUGGAUGCGCGGGUGGUGGGACGGUACCUGGCAAGCAGGGACCCGUGGUCACCGGUGCGCAUCUGCUACGACCACAGUUCUCAAUUUCGAGCGUUCCCGGCGCUGCAGCAGAUCACCAAGAGCCAAAGCAGCAGCAGCACCGACUCGCCAGCGGCAGCGGCGUCGACGGCCGCCGGGGCAGGCAGCUCCUCCACCGCUGCGGCGGCCGCCGAACCAAAAGACGCGUUAGAAGGCGUGAGCGCCAGCCUCCCCCCCAGCACCGUUGCCGCCAAGACGGCGGAGGCGCUGCAGCAGCGCUGGGACGAUGUGCGCAAGUUGAUCGAAAUCACGGGCGUUCUCAAGGUGGGCGAGGGUCUGACGAGUGCAAGAACCGGCUCCGCCGCGCCAACGCAGGAGGCGGCGCAGCAGGCGAUGGAGGUCUUCACCGGCGCUGCGGUGUUCCUGCGCGGGGUGGCCACGGGCUGCCGCUACGGUGAAUUGGCGGACGCGCUAGCCAUUCAAGCAGUAGGAGAUGGGCAACAGCAGCAGCGCCACGCGUCACGUGCGACACCGCUCGGAGGAGCAGCAGCCACACCAGGCGCCGCGCGCAGCAGCAGCGGUAAUGCGAGCACAGGGCUGUACGCCGGCGACCUUGACUUUGAUGCCUGGCAGCGACUCCUGCCGUGCGUGCAGCAGCUGCGUCAGGACAUGGAGCAGUUCAUGGCUCAGCAGUAUGAGAUGCAUGGUCUGCAGGUGGAGCCGGAGUUCGAGUGCUGGGAGGCUAUGCUCGUGGUACUGCGCUGCAUCUUGGACUUCUGCCUUGUGCACACGCAGCACUACGGCCGUGCGGCUGGCGGUGGCAUGGCGGAGAAUCUGUUUCAGGAGUCGGCGCAGCUGCGCGCGCAGUUGGUGGAGGAAAGCCGCACCCGCUUCAAUGGCCGCAUGCGCAUCUUGUGGCUGCAGGAGGUGUAG